UCCUCCUCCUCCCCGCGUGCCACCGGCUGGCUGGCUUUCUAGCUGGCGAGGGAGCGAUCCGGCGCUCGCCCGGCAAAGCCCAUUGUCUGCCAGCCAGGCGCCGGCGGGAAAGGCGCGCGCAACAGUCAGCGCGAGACAGCGAGAGAGAGAGAGGAGCGAAGGCGCACCGCUUCUCUCCGGAGGCAGGCAAUCACUCAGCCCGGGCGCGAUGCAAGGCGCCGGCACCCGCUUCGCCAGACUGAGGCCAGCGCCGGCCCGGAGCAGCUGCUGAGAGGAAGGAAGGAAGGGAGGAAGGGAAGGGGACGAGAAAGACGCAGCGAGGAAGGCGGCGACUCCCAACUUCGCCCUUUGGCCUGCCUCUUCCCCCAUGGAGGCGCUGAGCGCCGUGCGGGCCAAAGUGGGGGCCAGGAGCCCCGGCGGCUGCGAGGCGGUGGGCAGCGGCGAGCCCCAAGCCUUGCCUGCAGCCGGCCCUACGCCGCCGUUGGAGCCCGCCGCCGGGUAUCGCCUGGAGGACCUGGAGACCUUGGCCACUGUGGGAACAGGUACUUUUGGGCGGGUUCAUCUGGUGAAAGAGAAAUCAGCCAAAACCUACUUUGCAUUGAAAGUAAUGAGCAUUCCAGAUGUCAUUCGACUAAAACAAGAACAGCAUGUGCACAAUGAAAAAUCGGUCUUGAAAGAAGUGAAUCAUCCAUUUCUGAUCAGAUUAUUUUGGACUUACCAUGAUGAACGCUUUCUAUAUAUGUUGAUGGAAUAUGUACCUGGGGGUGAACUUUUUAGUUAUCUGCGCAACAUGGGACGCUUUAAUAACAGCACUGGACUGUUUUAUUCUGCAGAGAUUAUUUGUGCAAUAGAAUAUCUCCAUUCAAAGGAAAUAGUUUACAGAGACUUAAAGCCUGAAAAUAUCUUAUUGGACAAAGAGGGGCAUAUCAAACUCACAGACUUUGGAUUUGCUAAAAAACUGGUUGAUAGGACAUGGACCUUAUGUGGAACUCCAGAGUAUCUUGCCCCAGAAGUUAUACAGAGUAAAGGCCAUGGAAGAGCAGUGGACUGGUGGGCCCUGGGUAUUCUGAUAUUUGAAAUGUUGUCUGGGUUUCCUCCAUUUUUUGAUGAUAACCCAUUUGGAAUAUAUCAGAAGAUUCUUGCUGGCAAAAUAGAUUUUCCCAGACAUCUGGAUUUAUAUGUAAAGGACCUUAUUAAAAAGCUUCUUGUGGUUGACAGAACGAGGCGGCUGGGGAAUAUGAAGAAUGGAGCUGAUGAUGUGAAGCGGCAUCGGUGGUUUAGGUCUGUUGACUGGGAUGCUGUACCACAAAGGAAAUUAAAGCCUCCUAUAGUGCCGAAAGUAUCAAAUGAUGGUGACACAUCAAAUUUUGAAGCUUAUCCUGAAGAUGACUGGAACAAAACACCUCCUGUACCUCCUAAAGAUUUAGAAAUUUUCCAAAACUUCUAAUUUUGACACAGACAACAUUAGUAAGAAACUGGAAAAAGAAUGGAUCUGAUAUCUGGAAACUGGAAGAGAAGACUGAAAACAUUGAAAUUUUUAUUUGAAAUGAAUGAGAAAUGUUACUUCAUUAUGUAUAGUCUUUAAAGAAAUAAAGUUUAAUGUUGGCGAAGGAACGAUACCUGUAGUUAAAUAUACAAAUUUGGCAUUAGUUCAAUAAGCUAAAAUAAUGAAUCACCUAUUUCAGGUGACGGCAUUGAAACUGUUUUUUAAAAAUAUAUAUAUAUUACUUUUUAUUUUUGUUUCAUGCUAUGCCCGAAUUUUUUUGCAUAGUUGUCUCAUAGACUAACUUUAUAAGUUUAUAUUAAGAUUGUCCUUUGAAGCACAAAUUAGUAUAUAUGUAUAUAAGGAAAUCAGAACCCCUAAAGCACAGAAACUGUGCAGAAAUGUAAAUUUUUGUACUUUACAGAUUCUAUGGUUUUUAUUCUUAAAUGUUUUCAAAAUGCUUUUAGAAAUUAAAAAUUUCAAAAUGCUUCUUGAAAUGAUAGGUUUUUCAGCAUCUUCUAUACAUUUUAUAAUUCUUUAUAAAGAGGAAUAUACAUAAAAUUAAGAAAAUUGUAACAUGUUCAGUGCUUAACACUUGCAGCCAUACUACUUGAAAGAAGAAAGAUAAACAAGGCCUUGUUAAAUGUUUUAAUUUAAUUGUUUUUUCCCUUACACUGCAUCAUGUUAUAUUUACAAUGUUGAGUUGAAAUGGUGUGUUUGUGCAUCAUAAUUUUUUGUGACUGCAUACUAUAUAGAGUUUUUAAAAUAAACUAUAUGAAAUCAUAGCCAGAUUUCAUAUUAUAUAUUAUUUCAUAUAUAUAUAUAUAUAUAUAUAUAUAUAUAUAUAUAUAUAUAUAUAUGCAGCACUGGUUGAGAAUAAAGAUAAGAUCUGUUCUCUGAAUGUAUAUUUACUUCUCACACUUGCAGGUAUCCAAUAGUUACUGGGUUCUGAUUUGUGACCCCCAAAAUGUUUUGUUCUUCAGUUCCCAGAAAUUCAAGCCAGCCCGAGUCAUGGUUAGGGAUACAUCUUGAGGGUCAAAGAUCAGAAAUUAUACUAAUCUAAACCAAGCCACAAAUGUGUGCAUGCUUGCCUAUCAUUGAACAAUGGCAACCUCAAGCUAUUUAUUGAUGUUUGAAAUAAGCAUCACAGAUCAAGCAUUGUGGAAAUUUUGUUACAUGAUUUUCCAUGAGUCAUAUAAGCUUUCAUGUGAAAUACAUGCACAUCUGAAUCAACUUUGAAAUGUGAUCUACAUAUUAAGAUCCUAUUACAGGAGUUCAUGAAAUUUGUACAUGAAUCUAUGAAAUUCACAGAUUGGUAUUUUCCCAGAUCCGUUUACAAUUGUGAAGUUAAAUAAUGCUCCUUCUUUGCUUUUGUCUAUGUAUGUGGGAAGGGUGUCCUACCAGGAGUUUGAACUUAUUCCUAUCCUAUUUAUGUAAUACAGGUGUCUUGAAAUGGUUAUGCCAGUUUGACAAAAAAAUUUAUUUCAUUAAAAAGAUGGAAUAAUUUGGCAGUUAACAACUGGACUUUCUGUAAUUAAUUGUUUUUAUUACUUUCUAAUUACUAUCUAUCUAUACAGGUUGAGUAUCCCUAAUCCAAAAUGCUUAGGACUGUUAGAAGUGUUUUGGAUUUCAGAUUUUGUGGGGGAGGGGAUUUGAAAUACAUUUAUUUGCAUAUACGUACAUAAUGAGAUAUCUUGAAGAUGGGAUCCAAGUCUAAAUAUGAAAUUCAUUUAUGUUUCAAGUAUACUUUAUACAUUGAAGGUAAUUUUAUGCAACCUUUCGUAAUAAUUUUAUAUGCGAAAAAAGUUUGUGUACAUUGAACUGUCAGAAAACAAAGGCGUCUCUGAAAAGCUGCCUGUGUGGACAAUUUUGGAUUUUGCAGUAUUUCAGAUUUCAAAACUCCAGAUAAGGGAUGUUCAAACUGUAUAACAUUUUCAGUGUUAACCUUCAGUACAAAUGUAGAAUGUAACAGUUUGGAAUGGGAAUAUGUAUUUGCCUGAGAGUUUGGGUUUGAAAUGAGAUUGUUUUUUCUGUACUUUUCAAAAAAGUGCUACUAGGAUUUAAAGUAAUCUAAGACUUCAGAUAUUCACCUUGAUUUUUUUUUAAUAGCUCAAUUUUAAUAUCAUCUAAAAGUUGUGUCACCAAGUUGUGCUUUGCAUUUGACAAGUUAAAUAAAACACGUAAAUUAUGUACUGUAAUUUCAGUUCAGGAAGAAACUUACCUUUCAUUUGAAUUAGUAACUGGUACAUUUUACAUGUCUUCCCAGUAGCUAUUGAGAGACGUCAGUGCAAAGUGUACAAAUGAUCCAAAUCAAGUAUCAAACAGUGAUUAAAUCAUGCCAUUUAAUCAAAAAUAACUUGGUAAACCAACAGGUUUCUAAGAUUUAGUUAAAAUUAAAGAAGGAUUUAGACGCAAAGGUCUCCUCACAGGAUAAAUUUGCACUAUACUACAAACUGGAUGGAUCCAGAAUAUAAAUUAGACUUGUCUCUUAUUGAUACUAAUGGAACGAGUCAGUCAUGAGUUCACUUGAAUUCCAAUAAAAUCAGUAGGUGCUCAGUUUAAAUUAAUUUAGUCUGAAUGCAGUCUGAUUAUACUCAUCCUGCCACUACAGCUCCUUAAGAGGACAAGCACUAAAUCACAUAUGGAUGGCAUUUUCCUAGACCAGGUUGUAUAAUGAAACUUUUUGUUUUGGUCCUACAAGGAGUUUGAACUUACUUCCCUUCUAUGAGCAAUAGAUAUACUAAAACACUUAUGUCAGAUAAAAUAAUAUGGUAAUUGAUUACAUUUAAAAAUUGAAUAAUCCAGUUAAUGUUUGUCACUAAUUGUUACAUAUUAAUUUAAAGUUAUAUCAGUCUUUAUUAUAUAACAGUCUCACUUGCAACCGUCUGAAAACAAAGGGUUUUAAUAACAACUACCUUUUAGUACUACUUUCCCUUCAGCACUGCUCAAACGGUUCAGCAUUCAUUUACCAAAGCAGCAUUGUGUUAAAUUUUUAAUGUGUUACUUUAACCCAGUGGUUCUCAACCUGUGAGUCCCCAGGUGUUUCGGCCUAUAACUCUUAGAAAUCCCAGCCAGUUUACCAGCUGUUGGGAUUUCUGGGAGUGGAAGGCUAAAACAUCUCGGGACCCACAGGUUGAGAACCACUGCUUUAACCCUUAUAUACAGUGAGACUUUCAGCCCUCUUCUUAGACUCACAAUGGCAUUGCAUUGUAGAAUGUUGCUAGCGAUCCUGCCCUAAAAUGUAUUGAUAUAAUCAAUACAAAGCAGUCCAUGUGAAUACUUGAUUUGUUGAUUCUUCAGUGAAGAUGGGAAGCAGUUGGCAUCAAAUACACAAUUGUUCCUUUGAAAAUUGAUAUUUGCUAUGAGCCAUAUAUCUAUGCUUAUUAUGAAGUCAACUUGUAUUCAGAUUGUGGAAAAAUCAUACAAGUAGCACAUUUUUUGAAAGCAAAGAGAAUGAUAUACCAAAUAAACAAAAACUUUGCAAAGUUUGAGUUCGUCUAAAUCUCAUGAAAACAGUUUGAGAGAGAUUUAUUUGGAAAAUCAAUUAAUUUUCCAAUUUCCCAUUGAUUGAUUUCUGUUCAAUCCCACUUUUUCUUUUCCUGAGUAAUCAUUAUAAUACUUGGAUUCUUAAAAAACCUUCAACCAGAACAUGUUACCCACAUAUUAGGUGUGUGUGGGAGGAGCAUGAUGGGUGAAACUAAAAUAACUAACUUCUAUGGCCAUGAUAUAAUAUUCUUUAAAAUUACACUGUGGAUUACUGGCAUGAUUUUAUAUCCCAAAAAAUGAUAUAGUGUAUUUUAAAUGGUACAAUUGAUUAUCCGGUGAAUUUGCUUAAAUGAAAGCUAUGCUGUUGAGUUUUAAGGAAGGUGAUUAGCUGUAGAAGAACAAUUAUAAUCUAUCAAAAUAUAGGUACUAAACUGUGUUUAACUGAUAAACAGAUCUUGAAGAGCAAGGACGAGGUAGAGUAUCUCAAGCUGAGUGUCUUGCCAUGCAGGAGAAUUAAAGUUCAGUGCUUCCUCUACUAUACACUUUUUCAGCUUUCAAGAACUGUAGCAUGAUUCUUUUGUACUGUACUGUGUACAGAUUUACUAUGUUUUACACUUUUCUAUGGCAAACAUGACAGCUUUAUAAAUAUUCUGUUGUACAAUAAGAGAUGGCUCAAUCUGUGUACAAAGCCAAAUUCAACAGAUAAGUUUUUUUCCAAGGCUCACUUGGACGGAUGUCAGAGAAGUUGCUUGCUAAUUCUAACGUGUAUAAAUACUGUACAAAUGCAUAAUUCAGUCUUCAUUGCACAAUGAAAAUCACUGUGAUCUGUAAAUAAAACCUAGUUCAAAAAUAUUUUUAAAUGUUGCUGUAUAACUCAAUUCUGAAACAAAUUCUGUGUUGAUAUAUAACUUGCUUCCAUGAAAAAUAAAUUUCUGUAUUAAUUUUUGCAGGGGGAA